AUAUAGGAGACCAUCCCUGGUGCUUGUGGAGUGAGGAGAUUGCAGGAGGAAAAGAAGCAUUUUUUGGGGGUGAAAUCCAUCCCUUUUUGGGGUUCUGCGAGUGUGGGGUGGGCGUGCAUGGCUGCAGGGCAUUCCUGGGGUCUCACGGUGGCAUCAUGGCUUUCGCCAGCCUCCUGGAGCACGUGGGGGGCAUGGGACGCUUCCAGGUGGCCUCAGUUCUCCUCCUGGCCCUUCCCGUCCUCAUGAUGGCCAGUCACAACCUUCUGCAGAACUUCACGGCCGCCAGCAGUGACCAUCACUGCCGGCUUCACUGGGAGGCCAACGCCACUGGCCUCGACCCCCAGGACUUGCUGAGGGUCUCAGUUCCCCACGGUGAUCAGUGCCGGCGCUUCGUGACACCACAGUGGUGGCUUUUGGAGGUCAAUGGCUCGGCUCCCAACAGCAGCUGGCUGGAGACAGAGCCUUGCCACGAUGGUUGGACCUAUGACCGCAGCAUCUUCACCAGCACUAUCAUCACUGAGUGGGACCUGGUGUGCAGCUCCCGGGGUCUGAAGCAGUUGGCCCAGUCACUCUACAUGGCCGGCGUCUUGGUGGGCGGCAUCGUCUUUGGGGGUCUCUCAGACAGGUUUGGCCGCCGGUCGCUGCUCACCUGGUGCUACCUUCAGAUGGGCACCAUGGGGACGUGCUCCUCCUUUGCCCCCACUUUCACUGUCUACUGUCUCUUCCGCUUCCUCACGGGCAUGGCCUUCUCCGGCAUCGUCCUCAACAGCGUCUCCCUCUCUUUGGAGUGGAUGCCCACUCGCACCCGAGCGCUCGUGGGGACCUUCAUGGGUUACUGCUACACAACUGGGCAGUUCCUGCUGGCUGGGAUUGCCUAUGCCGUCCCCGAUUGGCGUUGGCUGCAGCUCACUGUGUCGCUGCCCUUCUUCUGCUUCUUCCUCUACUCGUGGUGGUUAACCGAGUCGGCUCGCUGGCUGGUCAUGGUGGGGAAGUCCCACCAAGCCCUGAAGGAGCUCCAGAAAGUGGCCAGGAUAAAUGGGAAGAAAGAGGAAGGGGACAAGCUCGACAUAGAAGUCCUGAGGUCCUACAUGCAGAAGGAGAUGGCUUCAUCCAAGAGUCGCCACACGGUGCUUGACCUCGUCCGGACGCCCAUCUUGCGCCGCAUCUCUUGUUGCCUCUGCUUCGUGUGGUUCUCCACCAGCUUUGCCUACUAUGGGCUGGCCAUGGAUCUGCAAAACUUUGACUUCAAUAUCUAUGUGAUCCAACUUGUCUUUGGGGCUGUGGACAUCCCAGCCAAGCUGGUCUCCAUCCUCACCAUCACCUUCGUGGGGCGACGCUUCACCCAGUCCAUUGCCCUUAUCCUGGCCGGCUUGGCUAUCUUGGCCAACAUCUUGGUGCCACGAGACCUGCGGAUGCUCCGGACCGCCCUGGCCGUCUUUGGGAAGGGUUGCUUGGCUGCGUCCUUCAACUGCGUCUUCCUCUACACGGGUGAGCUCUACCCCACCGUUAUUCGGCAGACAGGCAUGGGGUUGGCCAACACCAUGGCCCGUUUGGGCAGCAUCACGGCCCCUUUGGUGAAGAUGGUGGGUGAGGUCUUCCCUGCAUUGCCCUUCAUCAUCUACGGGGCAGCCCCUGUGGUGUCUGGGCUGGUGGCCAUCCUCCUGCCAGAGACACGGGACAUGGCACUGCCUGAGACGGUGGAGGAGGUGGAGGGCAGGACCAAGCCCCAGAAGGACGAAGCCCAACAUCUCCAGGUCCCACUUCAGCCCACCCAGCCCAGCAGCUCCAUGGGGCCCUGCUAGUGCUGACUGCUCCAGGGGAAUCCCCAAAAUCCCCCCAGACAUCAAUGUACCCCACGGACGAAAGAGCAGGAGUGACCUUGUGUGGGUGCAAGCCAAGAAGAAAGGGACAACGAUGACCAUGGCCACCCUCUUGUCAUGGCCAAGGAGGGGACCCUGGCAUCCUCUUCUCCAUGAUGGUGUGUCCUCCCCCCCAUCACAGGAUGGUUUUGUUGUUGGGGUUUUGGGUUUUUUUUUUUUGGUGCUGGAAUAAAAACAAUAAAAACAGAAA